GGAGUGGAGGGAGAGAGACAUUUCAAAACAUUAGACACUAAUGCAGGUGUCUAAUUGGCAGUUAUUCAAUGUGGCAGCCUGGCCGCAUAAACAGUUUGUAAGUGGCUCCUUGUGAGUAAGGAGCACCCUGGAGGAGUCCUUCAUUUGGGAAGCUGGAGAACUGCCCAAACUGGUUGUAGGACUGGCUAUCACGUGGUAAACUGAGGUCAGGAUACCGCUAGCCUCUUGAAGGUCCCCGGAAUCAGGUGCCUGUGCACAGGUGGGUCAUGAAGCUGUGUGCGUGUGCUUUCUGGGAAGAGAUCCCUUUGUGCCUCAGUUUCCAUCUCUCCCAGUCCUCACCUGUCAGGAAUGAGUAGCCUGGGAGAAGUUUAAAACUCCGCCUGGAAGCACCUGCCACCACAAAACCAAACCAGACCAAGCUGAGGCCUCGGGAGAGGCUGGAAUUCUCACGGGCAGGCGUUGCCAGGGGACCACAGUGGCGCUAGCAACGCAGCGGAGCCUCAGGGCCAGGAGAAUUUAUUUCCUAACUGCCCGCAGGCGGUUAAGUGCGCGGUUGUGGUGGGAGGCGGAGAAGCCCAGGCGGGAAAAGCGCGGCCACACCCGAGGUCCUGCCGGCAGCCGUCUUCGCUUUCGUUUCUCACCGCUUUCGUUUCUCACGGAUCCAGGGCUUGUGGUCACCCGCAGUUUCGUUUCCGAGGCGUGGCGGAGGGCGCGGCCCGGGACACCUAUGGCCUUAGUGAGCCGCCCUCGAGCCCCACUGUGGCUCGGGCGACUGUCGCGGCGGCUGUGCGCGCGGCACCGGGCCUGCACUGGGAACAUGGUUCGGCAGCGGCGGUUCGCUGUAGAAAUGCCGGAUUGCUCCCUGACUCAUUUCGUCCUAGGGGACACGGCAGGUCACCCGGACUCACGCUUGGCAGCACUGUUAGGGCCCCCGGGGCGCAGUUACGCGUUGUGCGUGCCUCUGGUCCCGGGCACAGGCUGCGGUCCCCGGGUGCAGGCGGCCCGGAUGCACCAGCGUCUGCUGCUGCAGUUGCGCCGCGGUCCUUUGCAGCGGUGCCAGCUGAGCAAGCUGCUGGGCUACAGUCCCGGCGACCAGAAAGGUGAAGCCCAGCAUGGCUUCCUGCUGCGCGACCCAAGCGACCACCCAGACACUCGGCGUGACUUGCUGCAGCUUCUGAACUCCUGCCAGGAGGCGGCGCACCCGCAGCUGGCCGAAUUCCAGGCCGACUCUCAGGGCUUGCUGUGGCAGCGCUUGUGGGAGCUGCAGGGAGACAAGCAGGUGCAAGUGGACUGCGCAUGCGUCCUGCCGGCACAGGAGCCCCUUCUACACCCAUUGCUGCCAGAUCUGCUCAACUCCGCUGUGUUCCAAGACCGAGAUGCUGCAAGGGCGGUAUUGGAGGAGUGCACAUCCUUUAUUCCUGAAGCCCGCGCAGUGCUUGACCUGGUUGACCAAUGCCCAAGGGAGAUUCAGAAAGGAAAGUUCCAGGUCAUCGCCAUUGAAGGACUGGAUGCCACUGGUAAAAGCACCGUGACCCAGGCAGUGUCGGAGUCUCUCCAGGCCGUCCUCCUACAGUCACCACCCCCCUGCAUCAGCCAGUGGAGGAAAAUCUUUGAUGACGAACCAACCAUCAUUCGAAGGGCAUUUUACUCUUUGGGAAAUUAUCUGGUGGCUUCUGAAAUAGCUAAAGAGUCAGCCAGGUUCCCUGUUAUUGUAGACAGGUACUGGCAUAGCACGGCCACCUAUGCCAUAGCCACUGAGGUGAGUGGAGGUCCACAGUACCUGCCCCCUGCCCACCACCCUGUGUACCAGUGGCCAGAAGACCUGCUGAAGCCUGACCUGGUCCUGCUGCUCACGGUGAAUCCUGAGGAGAGAGUGAAGAGACUGGAGGGCCGGGGCCUGGAGAAAACUAAAGAGGAGGCUGAGCUUGAGGCCAAUAAUGUGUUCCGUCAGAAGGUGGAAGUGACCUACCAGCGUAUGGAGAACCCAAGCUGCCACAUGGUCGAUGCCAGUCCCUCGAGAGAGACUGUCCUACAGAACGUUUUGCAGCUGAUUCGGAACUCUGGUCAUUCAUUGUAGUUCCUCCGGCCACGUGCCUCAUCACACCCAAAGAGAAGUUGCGUGAUGCGCCUGUACCCAAUGCUUGUCUGCAGCAUCUUAGAUUCGGGUGCUAUGAGCAUACUAAGGGGGAGAAAACUGGGGAAUUUUUGCUUUAUCCCUGACAGACAGAACCAGUCAGCAGCUGCUGGUCCUUUUUUUUGCCUGGCCACGUACCACCAUCUUCUUGGGAUAGACUUUAACACCGUGGCCACCUAGAAAGGUCUUCUGAUCCAGUGGGUGAGCCUACGGAGGUCUUCCUGCACCUGGAAGCUGAGGAUAUUAGAUGUGUCCCAUACUGAUCAAUUGUGAUGGGCUAGCCUCAUUUCCUUUCGUCCUAAAUCCUAUAGCUAAGCAUUGUCACAGAGCCAGGCUGUCCCCGGAUAUUCCAUUGGAGCCAUUUAUGGUUGGGGACACUUGCAAAGAAGUCAUUGAUCUUGCCUCAGAGGUUCAAAGAGCACCGUGGGCACCCGAAUGAGCAUUCAGACCUGCAGGGACAUGCAUCCCUAAGCUGCUGGCAUGCCAACCCCUCUCGUUCUCCUUUGCUUGUCUGCGUUCCAAUUCUCUCCUUUGAAAUCCAGUCAUGAGUGUAAUGAGCAGUCUGCACGGAGCUGGAUGCGUUUCACUUACUCAACGCACUGAUUUGUUUUUAUUGAUGUUUACAUUGUGUGUUUCCUCCAUCUAGGAGUUGUGAGUCACUCACUAAAACCGAGGCCAAGGAGCUAAAUACAGCAUUUGCUGUGUGUUUUCAUUACACAAAUUUGAUUUGUCUUAAUAAACUCUGUGGAUGCUGGAGUGAGAUUUCAGAGUAAAUUAUCUUGCACUUUGAAUGUCUUCUGAUUACAUGUGAAGCUGUGGCAUCAUCUUGAAGGGUUCUUUUGGAGAGAGAAAGGAGCCCUGGAAGGGAGGAGUCCCGGUGGCUCUGUAGCCUUGGCUGAGGCAUGGAACAUUGAUAGUGUUAGCAGUUUGAUCUGAAAGAAGACACUUGGUGGGCCUGGUGGCUCAGACCUCUAGUAAUAUUUACUUGGGAGGCUGAGACAGGAAAAUUGAAAGUUCAAGGCCUUCCUGAGCUACAGCCUAUGUGCAGGGCUAGCCUGGGCAAUGCAGUGAGAUCUUGUCUCAAGAGGAAAAGUAUGAAGAGGACUGGGGGUGAAGCUCCAUAGCACAACCCUGCCCUGAAUAUUCUAUCCCUGGGUUCAGGUCCUGGGUUCCAUUCUCAGUACCAUAAAAAAGUAUAAGCAGAAAAACAAAUAAAUAUGAAUAAGCAAUUACACAAUAAAGGGAAUAAGUUAUUUUUUGUCAUAAAGAGGUGGUUGGGUCAGAUUAUUAUUUAACAUUCCAAUUUUGGUGUGGAUGCCUCUCUACAUCAUUUUGGUCCCAUAUCCCAUAUCCCAUUUUAUAGGAAGAAUUUGUCCCCAAGAAAUUACAGGGAAAGCUUUAUCAGCUUUACCUUAAUCUUAAAUUAUAAUGAGAUUUAGUAUUAACAUAUCAAUAUCACAUUUUUGUCUCUUUUGGAACUAUGUAUAACUUAUACAUAAUGUAUCUCUGUAUAUAAGUAUGCUGUUGGCUUCAGUAGAACAUAUUUUUAAAGCUGGUAAAUAGCAUUAGGGCUCUCUAAUGUGGUGGCUACUUCCACAAAGUGUUUUGUUCAAGCCAUUCUGAGACAACUGCACCAGCGGCCCGGAAGAAAAUCUUUGUAUUCUCUUUAUGAAACCUACCAGGGAAUAAACAUGCUGUGAUUUUUCUAGCCCA